AUGGUCUACCUACGACAAGAUUCCCUUCGAGGGCUCGAUCUGUACAAGUACUCGGGUGUUGACCACAGUCUAACAUCCAAAUACAUCCUUAAGCCGUUCUACAACAAUGUAGUGCUUCCUUGUUUCCCAAUGAGCAUGGCACCCAAUCUCAUCACGCUCUCUGGGUUUAUGUUUAUAGUCUUCAAUCUGUUCACGCUACUGUGGUACAACCCAUCACUCGCUCAAGACUGCCCGCCCUGGACCUACUAUAGCUGGGCUAUAGGUCUAUUUUUGUACCAGACUUUCGAUGCCGUCGAUGGAGCACAAGCGCGGCGAACGCACCAAAGCAGUCCGCUGGGCGAACUCUUUGAUCACGGCGUUGACGCACUAAAUACGUCUCUUGAGGUCCUGCUUUUCGCUGGCUCGCAGAAUUUGGGCCAUGGCUGGAGGACAGUGGCAGUGUUGUUUGCAUCCCUCAUGACGUUUUACGUGCAGACCUGGGAGGAGUACCAUACCCACACACUGACGCUUGGCUUCGUUAACGGACCAGUUGAGGGCAUUCUUAUUCUUGUCUCGGUAUAUGCUCUCACGGGCUACCUCGGUGGCGCUUCCUUUUGGCAACAACCUAUGCUUGCCACGUUGGCAGCUCCGGAUAGCGUACUGGAUCUUCUUCCGCCUGUGGUCCGCGACCUAUCUUUUACCGACUGGUACUUGGUGCAGGGCAGCCUUGUUCUUGUGUACAACACGGCCGAGUCGGCACGAACGGCAAUUGGCGUUUGGACCAAAGAAAACAGGGAAGCCAAGAACAAAAAGAGCUACCGUGAACAUCCAAUCCUCGGCCUCAUACCCUUCUUUGUGACCUGGAUCUUGGUCGUGGCAUAUCUGGCACUGCGGCCAGAAAUUCUACAUGCUCACCUGGUACCGUUUGUGCUCUUCGUGGGAAUUGUCAAUGCUUACUCUGUAGGCCAGAUGAUUACGGCCCAUGUGACACACAUGUCCUUUCCUUACCACAACGUGUUGCUUCUACCGCUAGCCUGGGGUGUUGUGGAUUCACUCGGCCCGGUGCUCCAGCACCUAGAGCCAACCGUGGCGCUGAUGCUUUUUGGGCCCGGCCAACCCCCAGCAGCCUUUAUUCUGGGCUGGCCUAGUGUUCUUGGCGACGGUGUUUAUCAGGUUGCAUUUAUGUUCUGCAUGUUGGGAACAGCUAUCGGCGUGUAUGGCUCCUUUGUUGUCGACGUCAUUGUCACCAUCUGUGACUAUUUGGAUAUCUGGUGUCUCACCAUCAAGCAUCCAUAUAUCGAGGGAGCUGAGGCCGAGAAGAAGGCGGCAGGGAAAACCAACGGCAAUGUGAGCAACGGGAACCUGGCAGCAUGCACAACCGCCACAGCCGUUCCCGAUGCGGCGACUCGGCGAACAUAG